UUUCUUUAUGUUUGCUCUCAAACCAAUCCGAAACGUGGCGUAAUUGAGCUCCGAGUUUACUCUCACGCAGAGAGCCAGAGAGGCCGCCGGACGCAAUUCUAGCUCUAAGUCUUAAGCUUGGGCUUCUGUUUCCAAACUUCGGGAAUCCUUGAGCGUCCGAUGGUACUGACUUGAGCUAUUGCAAAAACAGGGAUUCUUUAGUUGCUGGUCAAUAACAGUCAAGCAAAGAUGCCAGCAUUAGCCUCGACAAGGUUGCUUCUAUUUUUUGGAGAAUCUUUACCCUUCCAUAGGUUCCCUAGUGUGUCUAGGAAAGUUUGGUGCCAGCUUAGUGUACGUUUCGUGAGUCAGGUUAAUCAUAAUAACGGGCCUCUCACUCUUGCCAGCCUUGGUUUCAAGAGUGAGUUUGGAGAAACAAACAAGAAUAAAGGAAAUAAAAUCGAGAGGCUCAGUGUUUCUAAUGAAGCACCCAAAAGUAAGGUGAGGGUGAUUGGAAGCAACAGCAUAAAAGGAGUUAAGGUGGUUGGGGUGAAAAAAUCGCUAGAAAUUGAGUCAGCGCCUUUUGCUGCACAGUCAUUUCCAGAGCUUGGCCUCCCACCUUUGUUGCUAGAGAGUUUAGAGACUGCAGGCUACACGGUUCCAACUGAUGUUCAGUCUGUAGCAGUUCCAACAGUUCUCAAGGGUCAUGAUGUUGUGAUUCAAUCUUACACGGGCUCAGGAAAAACCUUAGCGUAUCUCCUUCCCAUACUGUCUGAAGUAGGCCCUCUGAAAAAGAAAUCUCCUAAUGGCAAUGGUGAAUCCGGGAAGAAAAGAGAGAUUGAAGCAGUUAUUGUGGCUCCCUCUAGAGAACUGGGGAUGCAAAUUGUUAGGGAGUUUGAAAAGCUUCUAGGUCCUGCAGACAAGAGAGUUGUUCAGCAACUUGUAGGAGGUGCAAACCGAUCAAGACAGGAAGAAGCUUUAAAGAAAAACAAGCCAGCUAUUGUUGUCGGCACCCCUGGCCGAAUUGCUGAGAUUAGUGCGGCUGGGAAGCUUCACACUCAUGGCUGUCGCUUCUUGGUUUUAGAUGAAGUUGAUGAACUCCUUUCAUUUAAUUUCCGGGAGGAUAUGCACCGGAUAUUGGAACAUGUGGGUAGGAGAUCAGGUGCUGACCCCCGUGGCUCACUUGCUAAGUGGGCUGAGCGUCAGACCAUUAUGGUGUCUGCUACAGUUCCAUAUUCAGUUAUAAGGGCAGCUAGGAGCUGGGGGCGUGACCCACUUCUUGUUCAAGCCAAAAAAGUCAUGCCACUUGAAUCUGUUUCUCCCUCUGGACCUGUUAAUCUCCUAAGGCCUACAUCCAGUUCAGACUCAAGUUCAAAUAUGCAGACUCAAGCUGCAUCACAAAGCCUACCACCUGCUUUGAAACACUACCAUUGUGUCACAAAAUUACAACACAAGGUUGACACAUUGAGAAGAUGUGUUCAUGCACUUGAUUCCAAGUCAGUGAUAGCUUUCAUGAACCAUGCAAAGCAGCUAAAGGAUGCUGUCUUCAAGCUAGAGGCUCGUGGGAUGAAAGCUGCAGAGCUGCAUGGUGACCUUGGAAAGCUUGUGAGGUCAACAACAUUGAAAAAAUUUAAGCAUGGGGAAGUGAGAGUUCUGGUGACAAAUGAACUUUCAGCAAGGGGUUUGGAUGUGGCAGAAUGUGACCUUGUGGUUAAUCUGGACUUACCUACUGACUCUAUCCACUAUGCACACCGAGCUGGUCGAACUGGUCGGCUUGGCAGGAAAGGUACUGUGGUAACCAUCUGUGAGGAGCCAGAAGUGUUUGUUGUGAAGAAGCUCCAGAAGCAGCUUGGGGUCCCCAUUCCAGCUUGUGAGUUUACAGAAGGUAAACUUCAUGUCAUUGAAGAAGAGAAACCUUUGGGGGCUGCAAGGUGAUACAUGAUCGUUUUUUCCAGUAUCAUAUUUGGAAAUAAAAAAUCAACCCAGACCUUUCUCCUGCUUCUGUUUACAUCGCUUGUAGUAUACCAGAAGUUUGUAUUGUGGUCUAGUGAACUUUAUGCCUUUUAAUUUUAAACUUUUGGGGUGGGGGGAAGGCUAUGCAUAUAUCAUCUUUUUCAUUUCAUGAUGAAUUUGAAGUACCGACUUUACCAACUCCCUGUGUUUAGUUCAGUUGUACACUUACUAUUUCGACUAUUUCUGUACAGAGUGCAUUCAGUAACUGAUCUGUACUAUUUAAUCAAGGAUGAAUGCAAAAACAUGGAUUGACAAUA